AUGGUGCACAUACUAGUCAGAAAGGUCGAGGCCAGCAACAUGUUCUUCUCCUCCUGGGUCUUAGUCUUCUUGGCGAUAGGACUCAUCAUAGAAGAAUGGGCUGAACUAAAGUUGGGACCCCAGAAACAUAGGAUAACCCACAGUUCGUGGAUAUGUUGUACUUCCCUGUGGCUAUCAGAUGGCCUGGAAGUGGUCAGGAACAUUCUGAUUGUGGUGUUCAGCUUUUCUUUCAUGCAUAACUUGCUCCUGGGUUUUGAAUUCACAUAUAUGAUUCCCCAAACCAAAUAUACUCUCAUACUUGCCUGCCUCUCUUUCCUCACAGGCAUCCUUCUGCUCAUUGUGCUCCUACUGUAUCACCACAUGCUAACUCAGGGUGAAUCCGUGUACCGCUCGAGUUACAAGGUCUUCUGGGUCAUUGUCACUGCAUACUUGAACACUUUAUUUCUCUUUUUCCCAGGAUUCCUCUCUCUCUUACAGUACAAGCAGUCUAUUAAUGGUUCUGGUAGCCUGAUCACCAUCCCCAAAUCUGCCAGAGAAAGUCAGGUUAUGGAGCAACGGAGUUUCAAAGUUGUCUCGUUACCAGCAGGUACUGCAAUGCCUCAUAGUAUUGUCUGGAUACACUCUGCCCACAUGAAAGAAGAUUCUCCAAAAAGCCAAGCACGUCGUGUAACCAGGGCUCUAUGA